CUGGCUAAUCAGUAAAAUGGCCUUGACUCGACAUCAGUGAUCCAGAUUAAAGGUGAUAUUCAUUUAUCUGCAUUUACUUUACCGCUGACACCAUGUAUGUGAGACGUUUGCUCGUUAUUCUGUGUUCCUGGUUUGUGCAAUGUACACUGAGUCAGUCUGUAUCUGUCACUGUUGCUACAGACAAGGAAAUAGGAUCGAUAGAUGACCAUUUCGUUGGAGUGACCUUUGAUUCAUCCAUGCUUCCAAUAUCAAUUGAUUGGAAAGGACUUGAUUUCGCAUCGCAUAAAGUGCAAACACUUGCUAAAGCAUUGUAUCCGUGCUACCUGAGGAUAGGAGGAACACCUGGAGACUUCAUGACCUUUGACCCAACGGGUCAUGGGGGAACAAGUGCAAACUCCACUUAUACUGGUGCUAUGUGGGACAAUCUCAAUGACUUUUUGAGGAUCGUGGGGUGGGAAUUGGUGUUUGGUCUCAACGUGUUGAAGCGGAAAGACGGACAGUGGGACCCUGAAAACGCCAAAGAACUGAUGAGCUAUAGCAAUGCCAGGAACUACACGAUACCGGCCUUUGAACUCGGAAAUGAACCUGCAUAUUUUCCCGAACCCUUCACCGAUACAAUAUCUGGAGCACAGCUUGGGCGAGAUUUUGUCCAUCUUAGGGAAAUAGUCAAGUCUACACCUGGCUUUGAAUCCACCCUGGUGAUUGGACCAGACGUAACAGCUAUCUCAGGGCCAAAAUCGAUAUUGUUUAAAACUUUCUUUAAAGGGGACGGACGAAAAGCGCUUGACAGGAUAACUUUCCACCAUUACUACGGCUUCGAAGGCAAUGCUAAAGUGGACACCUUUAUCGACCCCAAAGUGAUGGACAGUCUCAUCAGUUUCAUUGACAUUGUACGCAACGUCACCACCUCCGCCAACCCCGACACUCCCUUGUGGCUCGGGGAGACGUCUUCUUUCUCUGGAGGCGGAGCGCCUGGACUGUCGGAUAGAUAUGUGGCCGGCUUUCUAUGGUUAGACAAGCUCGGUAUUGCUUCACGGAUCGGACUCAAAGGGGUUUUAAGGCAAUCAUUCUAUGGACAAAAUUAUUCUCUCAUUGAGAUGAACACGUUUGAACCCUACCCGGACUACUGGCUGACCUUACUCUACAAGAGACUAGUGGGGAAUAAAGUGUUAUCCGUGCAGACCAACUCAACCAACAGUUUCAGGGUCUACGCCCACUGUGCCAAACAGGAAAGCGUCUACAACUACAAGCCAGGUAGUGUUGUAGUCUACAUAAUCAACGUCAACACCUACACCACCGUCGUCACAUUCCCUCAAUUCCAGACCAAUGUGGAUGUCUUCUGGCUUAGGCCUGAGUUCAUAGAACUUACUUCGAGGAAUGUGACACUAAAUGGUAAACGACUGGAUUAUGUGAACAACACCAUCCCCGACAUGCCCCCUCAAAAGGCCUAUGGCGGGCUCCUCAUGCUGUCAGCAAGGACAUUCGGGUUUGCUGUGUUCCCUGAUGCGGAUGUUGAUAUUUGCAAGUGAUGCUGACUGGUAUUAGACGUCACGUGUAGCAAACUAUAAACGGCGUUCCAUUACAAA